AUGGGGAAACGAGCAACUCUUCUCGACCCUCCGGCCUUGGAUGAGUCCAAAGCCCCUAUCGAGAAUGUGCUUGAUUUGACGCCCGUUGUGGACCUCGGCCCUGAUGUCUUCACAAACACGCGCCCGCUAUGGCACCCACCCGGUGCUCGCGGCAUCUACGGCGGCGCCGCCAUUGCCCAGUCCCUCUCCGCAGCGAUGCGCACCGUUCCGGCUGACUUUGCCGUUCACAGCAUGCACUGCUACUUCGUCUUAGCCGGUGACUCCGAAAUUCCCAUUCUCUACCACGUCGAGCGGGUCCGCGACGGCCGAAGCUUCAUCACUCGUACCGUGCAGGCGCGGCAACGCGGACGUCCCAUCUUCACCACCACCCUCAGUUUCAGUCGAGUCGGCAGCGGCGGCGAAAAAACGGUGGAUCAUGCUGUCCCCAUGCCCGAAGUACCACUGCCCAAGGAUCUGGUGCCCGGGACGGUGGAGGCAUUAAGCAACGCGGGAGGAGGGCCAUUCGAGUCGCGAAAGGCCGGCAUCGUCAACCGCACGGCGCCCAAUCCCGGCGACAAACGAGUUCGUCGAUUUGUGCGGGCGCGCGGACACAUCUCCCAAGAAGGCGGUUUCCAAGCGCACCUGUCAACGUUGGCCUAUGUCACCGACAGCCACUUUAUUGGCACCAUCGCGCGUGUGCACGAUCUACCCCGAUUCUCCUCCCCGAGAGAGCUUCAAACGAUGCUUCAGGCAUUGAAGAAUCCCUCCGAUCUCGACGAUGAAGAUAUCACCAAGGCGUUGCGAGAACUGAAAGAAGAAGAGGCGGCUGCGCUGCGUCGCAAAUUGCAAGGGGCCUUGGACGACGCGACGCAGAGUCAGAAGGACCGCAAAGAACUUGGCAUGAUGGUCAGUCUCGACCACUCGAUUUACUUUCACAACCCGCGCGCUUUCAGGGCCGACGAGUGGAUGUUGAUUGAGAUGGAGAGUCCGUGGGCGGGUGAGGGUCGUGGACUGGCGAUCCAGAAGAUCUGGUCCCAGGAUGGAACAUUAAUUGCUACGUGCACGCAAGAGGGUGUCGUCCGCCUGAAGCAGGAUAAAUCUCCAAAGUCGAAGAUCUAA